AUGACGACGGCGGCCGACCACUCGAACCCCAGAUCUGCCAUUACGACCCUUUCCAACAGCUCGGGCUCGUCCAUUCCCCGCCGAACCUCGCUGUCGUCCUUUCCCUCAUCCCGACCGCCAUCUCAAACAUCUCAUACCUCCCGGGUCCUUCGAUCGCCCCGCCGCCAAAUGAAUGACAACGACCGGUCUUCGGAUCCGGAAUUGCGGUCCAAAACCUCGUCUCUUGAGCACUCCUCGCAACAUUCAUCUUUCUCCGCCCCUCGACGCUUGAAUGCUGAUGCUCAAAACUCCAGGAGGCUGCGGUCUCAGUAUCCCCGGGGCUCUAGCGACAACCAUGUAGAAUAUAUUUUGGUAGCUUCCUUCGAUAUCGAUCGGGGCCCUGUCAUGGAGCACCAGUACCCGGUCGCUAUUACCGGAGAUGAAAAUAUGCUGGCAGAGCUCAUGCUUCCAGAUCAAGCGCAUGCCAGGAACCAAGACUGGACCAUAUUCUUUCUGCACAAGGACAUGAGUGAUGAAGAGGAAGAUGAAGAAAGGAAACGCAAAGAGAGGCGCCGGAGGCGCCGGAACAAGCGUAGAGCGCUCGCGGCUGGAAUCGUUCCUUCCGAACAAGACCAUGAUGACUCACAAGACAGCGACGACGAAUAUGACGACGAUGACGAUGAUGAGGAUGACGAUAGCGACACAGAACCCGAAGGUGGUGAAGGUCCGCCCCUCAUAUACGUACUUAAUCUGGUCAACACAAAGCAUGAUAAGAGUGUGAAACGUGGCGCUGUCGUUAAAGCUAUGGCCAUUUGUACGAGACAUCCGUUUCUACACAUCUACAAGCCUUUGCUUCUUUUGGCUCUAGAAGAAUAUUUCAAAUCUCCCGUACCAGAGACGCUAUCCAUGCUCUACGAUGCGGUGAAUGAGAUGGACUUGUCGUUAAUGCCAAAGCUCAGCCUGCUAGAGCGCCACCUGCUGCUUGGUAGCGAGAACAGAGAUUUGUUUGUCGAAAAGUUUGAGCGAAUGAUUCAAGCUCGCAUGGCCGAGGACCGAGGGGAAGCGACCAAUAGCAACGGCGCUCAUCCGACAGAAGUUUCCCGCAAAGGCACCAAAGCUCACAUCGAGGUCGGAAGCCAGUCAGCCUACUCUGUACCACGCGACACACACGAGUUUGAGAGCCACGUCAUGUACAAGGGCAUCCCAAUUCCCAUCAAAGUACCCACCGCGGUAAUGCCAGAGACUGUCGGAGACUUUUCCCUAGUCAAACUAAUCCAGAACUUUUCGGAAACCCAUGCGAAGUCGCCGCAACCUUUUCCGAUUCACCCACACCUCACAACCAGUGGUGCUAAUACACAUCCCAUUAUCGUGCUGAUCAACGGCCUGUUGACGCAGAAGCGCGUGAUUUUUCUUGGACACAAUAUGCCCUCUGGGGAAGUGGCCGAAGCCGUUCUGGCAGCUUGCGCGCUUGCUUCCGGCGGCGUUUUGCGUGGCUUCACGCGCCAUGCCUUUCCAUACACCGACCUCACCAAGAUUGACGAUCUUCUCAACGUGCCUGGAUUCAUUGCGGGUGUAACGAAUCCUACAUUUGAGCUACAUCCGGAGUGGUGGGACGUUUUGUGCGACUUGCCUUCGGGGCGCAUCAAGAUUAGUAGCAAGAUUGAGCCAGCCCCCAUAACAGAGGGGCUAGUAUACUUUCAACAGCAGAACCCGGCCCUGGCUACUGUCGCUAGCGGUACGGUGAAUAAUACGCAGGACCUGACUGGCGAUCAAGUGUUUAUGGCUGAUAUUCUACGGAGCAUUGCGGCCCGCCAUGGCGAGCGAACGGUGCGAGCAAAGUGGCGCGAUUGGGUGCUCAAAUUCACAAGAGUGUCGGCACAGUUUGAAGAGAGUGUAUAUGGUGCAAGCGCUCUUUUCGUCGGCACCGAGGAGCAGAAUAUGCUUCCGCCGGGAGCGACGGGUCAUGGCUACGUAUGGUCAGAUGAUGCGGCCAAAAAUAAGGAAUUGGCUGGAAAUGUGACUCGAAUCGAAGGCUGGCGCAAUACCCGAAGUUACUAUAGUUUCAUUCAGGACCUUGCACAAGUAUACACGGUGAGACCGCUCAAGGGCCUCGAUCUCGCGCACCUGCACGACCGCCUCCGCAUGCAGCGACUAAACCCAUCUCAAAGCCGCGACAUCUAUCUGACACUUUCCAAAUAUAUUCACUCGUACGACGAAAUUUGCCUCUUCCUUUCCGUCGCUCCCGAGUCGCAUGCCGGGCUCUUUUAUCUCGCGCUCGGUCUGUUCCACAAAGAAAAGGAUGUCCGUCUGAAGACCACGGAGCUGCUGGGACGGAUAGCGGAGCACGAAGCCGGGCAGCACUGGUGGAAGAGCCUGAGCAGGUUUGAAAAGCUCGCCUUUAAUCGUAUUCGAAGGGACGCCGACGCCGAAAUUCGGGCGCAGCUGGAAAAGGAUGGCCUCAGCCCCGUCUUUGAGAGAAAAGUGUUUAGUUAUUGA